CGCCGCUUCCGGGCGGUCCGGGGCUCUGACCUGAGGCGGGCGGGGAUGGCGGCGGGCGGCGGCUCCCCGAGCAUCGUCGAGUUCUUCGGCGGGGAGGAUGGCUACCGCUGCGGCUACUGCAGGAGCGACACCGGCAACAUCUCGCACGGUAUGUGGGCACAUUCGAUGACAGUUCAAGAUUACCAGGAUCUCAUAGACAGAGGAUGGCGAAGAAGUGGAAAAUAUGUCUACAAACCUAUCAUGAAUCAAACAUGUUGUCCUCAAUACACAAUAAGGUGCCGGGCUUUGCAUUUUCAGGCCUCCAAGUCCCACAAGAAGGUUCUGAAGAAAAUGUUGAAAUUUAUUUCCAAAGGAGAUGUUUCGAAGGUAGCGAGCGAAGAAGAGCCGAUGGAUUCCCAUAUAGAGGAUGUGGCCACGUGUGAUUUUGCAUACAAAAGUGAGUCUCAGGUCAGUCAGUCUGACCUGACUCCCUUGGCUGUGGAUCAGGCUGAGAGGGUGGAGAAUGAAGAUGAGGACUCAGGAGAAACAAAAGAGGGCAAUGUGCAGAAGGUGGAAUCGGAUUCUGCUCAGGUCUGUGCAGACAAGGACACCCCAGUCCCUGCAGAGCCAUCACAUUCAGCUAAAGCUGUUCAUGCACCACCCAAGCCAGGGAAAGGGGCUGAUCUGAGCAAGCCCCCGUGUCGGAAAGCAAAGGACAUCAGGAAAGAGAGGAAACUCCAGAAGCUCCUGCAGAACCAGAUGGGCACAGCAGAAGGCUCUCAACUUCAAGGAGAUCAAACUUUCCUCUUGCAAAACUCUAAAUCUAAAACAAACCAGCCUAAAAACAUUGAAGACUUUGUUUUUGUCCCUCUACCUGAUGAUGCACGACACAAAUUAGAGGUGAGGGUGGUGAGAUCAUCUCCACCAAGUUCACAGUUCAAAGCCACAUUUCAGGAGUCUUACCAGGUCUAUAAACGUUACCAGAUGGUCAUUCACAAGGACCCACCUGAUAAACCAUCCAUAAAUCAGUUCACACGAUUCCUCUGUGAUUCCCCUCUGGAGGCAGAGCAUGCCCCAAACGGACCAGAGUGUGGCUAUGGCUCCUUCCACCAGCAGUACUGGCUGGAUGGGAAGAUCAUUGCUGUUGGUGUCAUUGAUAUCCUGCCCUACUGUGUGUCCUCAGUCUAUCUGUACUAUGACCCAGACUUCUCUUUCUUAUCUUUGGGAGUCUACUCUGCAUUACGGGAAAUUGCUUUUACCAGACAGCUUUGUGUAAAAGCUCCUGAUCUCUGUUUUUAUUAUAUGGGUUUCUACAUUCAUUCAUGCCCCAAAAUGAGAUACAAGGGUCAGUACAGGCCCUCUGACCUGCUGUGCCCUGAGACCUACGUGUGGACACCCAUUGAGCAAUGCCUGCCCCUGCUCGAGCACUCCAAGUACUCCCGCUUCAACCAGGAUGGAAAAGCAGUGGAUGAAGGCCGCCUGAAGGAGCUGGGCAGGGUGAGGGUGCUGCACAAGAGAACCGUGAUGCCUUACAGCGUGUACAAGAAGAGGAGGAAGGGGCCCAGUGAUGAAGCCAGUGUCCAGCAAUAUGCCAGCCUGGUGGGACAGACCUGCUCAGAGAGAAUGCUGCUGUUCAGGAGUUGAAGCCCCACGAGAUGGCAUUUCAGUGGCUCCACAUUUCAUUGCACUGCCCCUGGGCGAUGUGUACCAUAGUCGUGUGCUGGUGUGCCCACUCAGACAGGCUGAAACACAGGUAUAUAGCCAGGCUUGUGUCAAUACAUGGUGCUGUGUGUAAAGGCCAGCUCCAGUAAAUCUUACAGCAAGGCUUUAGCAAUAUAAGUUUAGAAAAACACGCUUGCAGUAUAUUUUAAUUAAGUAGUUCUAGCCUUUCUAUGCAUUAUGAAUAAUUCUAAGUAUCUAAGCAAAAUGAAAAACAGGUGUCUUUUUUUUGUUUUUUUGUAGAGAUGAAGGUUGACUAAGUCUAGAUCAAGAAUCAUUGUUACAGAUGUUUUCAAAUAGCACCUUGGGUAUCUGUUGUUAAAAAUUGCUGUGAAAUUUGUGCUCACAUUUGUAUGCUCCUAAAAUCUUGCAAGAGGACUGAAAUGUGCUAUUACUUUCCAGCAUGAUACCAUUUUAUUUCAGCAGUAUGUUUAAAAAACAGGAAGGAAUUAUUUUCACUGCACAUUCUUCAUUUGUUUAAAGCAGUAAGUCAGUGUCAGAGGUCCCAGUGAGUGUAGGAGCUCGUGGUAGGUUCUCAGUGGCAGGGGAUGCAGUGCUUUGGAAAACUUUUCCCUUCAGAGAAGAAGCAGAACAGUUGCACUAUAAAUAUACCAAAGAUAUGCAGCCAAGUGGCACAGUGGUUUUUGGUAUAAGCCUUAUCCUUUGUCUAACAGGAGUGGGUAUUUCAAUGCACGUGGCUAAUGUGAAAUAGAGCUCAGGAGGUUUAUCCUGCAGCUCUCAGUGCACAUUUCAGAACUAUGCUAACAACAGCAAGACAUAAGGUACCACUGCUGGGUUUUGUUGCAGGUGCUUUUUUUUCUGUAGAAUUGUACAGGAAUUAAAUACCAUAUUCCAGCUUUUUUACUGACUGUUUUGUUUCUGGUGCAGCAGCUCAUGGAUUAACACUUUUAAUAACAUUUUAGUAAAUACUUCUGUUGGAAACACAGGAAGUUGUGAUCCUUUAUGAAAGCACUUUAUUAUCUCAUAUAUGAGCGUUGUCUGUGUCCCCAUUAAGUCAUAUAAGUUGGAGGAAUUUGGGGAAAUAACACUGUUGUAUAAUUCAGUAAUGUAUUACAACAUUGUAACAUUACCAAUGCAUUUGUGCUUCUUAUCUUCUUGGAUAACAGGGGCUGGUAUUUACCUUGAAUCCACUUGGAGUUUCCUGUUAGCCUUUGAACAAAGAUUCUUAUUCAAGGAUGUGUGGGUGGUUUUCCCCCAGAAAGGAAACAAAUGCAGCAUCUCCUGUCAUUCGUGGAUUCAUUGAUUUAAUUUUAAACACUUGGCCACUAUUAUUAAUCAUUAAUUUUUAUGUGGAGCAGAUGUAAGAACUGGGAAAUCAAGUGCAAUGCAGGUUUAACUUUAUUUUUCAUAUCUGUUUGAUAUGAAAUUAGUGUAUAUUGCAAUAUUAUUGAUAGUCCAGCUUCAAUGGCAACUUUAAAAAGUCAUUUUAUGUUUUAUUAAUUGGGCUGUGCAGUAUUGAUCUGCUCCCAGAAUGGCCAUUCACGUCAGCAUCAUAUCUGGUGUGUGUUUAUCUGUGGCCUGGUACUGAGAGGUUUCUUUGCACUGUUGCUUCUGGUUUGUCCAUGCCUUACCUCAGCCUCCUGCCAUGGGGAGAAGCACUGAGUAAUCCUCACGAAGAUCAUUAUGAAGAAUUCCUUUCUGUGGAGAAAAUGCUUUUACCACUCUGUUAAACAGUGUCACAUUUUCUGCCUACACAGUGUGCUGGAAAGUGGUGAUGCCCAUAUGGCUUGCAACCAAAAUAAACCAGAAAACCUUUUUAUGUGAUACAAAACCAGUUAACAGGCACUGAGGAGUUUCACUACGAAUUGCAAAAUCUUAAAGGUUAUCAAAGCCAUUUAAUGAUGAGCUCCUGGAGAAGUUAAAAUUUCUGUUCAGUUUCAAGGGAGCAGACUUAGUGUCCCCACUGAGGGUUCCAUCUCUGUGUGCCCAUAUUUGUCACUGAUAUGCCUUGGACUAGACUUCUAUCUGAUGCUGUUUCUCUUGGGGAGCUUUUAAGGGCUGCAGUCAGAGGAAAGGGAGAGAAGCAUCAACCCAAAACCUGAGCACAGCUUGAGGUUGUGCUUGGUGUGGGCCCUGGGGGUAAAUGAGCAUUUCCUGUGAGUCUGAAAUGGUGCUUUGGCUUUGUGACCCCCGGGACUGCAGCACCACGGCACACUGGGCUCCUGCUCAACUCAAAUAUGGGUUUGUAUUAAAAAGCAAAACCAGGCAGCACCGAGAUGAACUCCAAACUGAGUUCAUCUCCUGUGGUUUGCUGAGAUCUGACUCACUUUAGUGUUAUUUUAGAAGGAAACCGGGGCAGUGUUUUUGAGUACUGAUGCCUCUAUCCCUGUUUUUGGAAGGGAGACAGAGGCUGAGGAUGAAGUUCUGUAAAUUUUGCCUGUGACUUCAGUGGAGCUGAAAAUUCACCACUAUUACAAUAUUAUUUAAUAUAUUGUAAUUGCCAAUUACUGAAUUUAGAGAUAUUUAACUUAGCACAGAAUAUUUUAUAAAAGGUUUUUGUGUGUGUGUAGCUGGUUUUUGAGAGUCCAUCUCCAAUGUAAGGUUGCCUUGUUCUGUCAUCUGUUGAUAAAUGAGCAUAAAAUGGUGGUAACAAAAUGCAGAGUUGUGACCAGUGCUAAAAAAUGCCAUUUUUUGUUUUAGUUGGAAAGAAAUGGGAAGCUUACACAUGUCCAGCAUCAACACGUGUCAGUAAAUUCAAAACCUGCAUGUUGAAUUUGUAAUUGCUUUUUAGCAGGCCUGUUUGACUUGCAAGUGUAGAAAAUAAAGUUAUUUCCAGUCUCUGUGAAUUAUUAUAAGAACUAAUAGCUCUGAAUGUGAUUUCUGCAUUAGUUUGUAGGAAUUUCAUUAUCCUGGAGAUUGACCAAGUGUCCAGUGAACAGCAAAAUCAAAGAAUCCAUCAAAGGGUAGCAGCUUUAGAAGAGAGAACUUGCAAGUUUAAAAUCAUGUCCAAAACACAUGACCUGUUUUGGAAUGAAGUUUCAGUUCCAGCCAGCCAGAUUAAUGAAGAGAUUGCAUGAAAUAUAAUUGAUGCUUCUUUUCUGAGCAGAAGAAAAUAAAAUAAAAUA